UGAAAGGUUAGAUGGGACAUGGCCCUAGCAACCAGAUUUCUUCUCCAAGCAAGAGGCAGCAUCUUACAGUGUUAUCAGUGUUAUGGACAGUGAUGCACCUGCUAGCUUUCAGGGAGCAUCACAAGUGUUGUUUCUGUGAGCGAGGACUCUCACUAAGCCUAUUUUACUCAAUCUGUGAAGCAGAGGAGCUGCCUUCCACACAGGAGGGCUGUGGCUAUUGCAGUGAAUACUGCAUUCAGAAGCAGUGGCAGGAGAAAACAGCGAUGGGUGAAGUUACCGGCACAUAAAACACCAGGAUGCUUACUAUUCUCAAUUGUUGAUGAUGUAUUUGAACAGGAAUAGGGAAACUGACUCCCAUUUUGCUGAAAUAGAAUUGAGAUGCAGAGGGAAAUAACAGCUAAGAAGAGCAAAAUCAGUUUUAUGCUAAUAGCUAAGUUGUAAUAGAAAAAAAAUACAUUUAAUGCUGUCUAGGGAACACGAUGGAAUUUAAAAGAACAGAUUCCAUUGCAGACUAACAGCAUGCCUGAUUGCACUUGACUUGAAUCACUGUGAAGCAGCUUCAUGUUGUGUUGUACCAUUUUAUGGCUGAAUGAAGAAUUGGAGAAUAGGAAUGGGGUUAUGUAAAGUAUUUCUGCAUAAAAGGAAAAUAUUAUAGAGCUAUUAUGUAUUUUUUUUUUAUUUUUAAGAAGAAUUUAAUCCAGACACUGCCAGAAGCCAUGGGGAACAGAGCAGGAUUUUACAGCACAUUCAGGCUUCCUUCAGGAUUUGGUUUCUGAUGAACACAAGUGCUUUUUCCUGUCAAAUGAUACAAAAACAUUGGUAGUUUACAUGUUGAGUACAUCCUGCCUGUCUACAGUCGCAGCUGAUAAAAUGUACACUCACUAAUGAUUCUGUUGGAGAUACAAAUAUUUUUCUGGAUCCUAAAUUGCAGUUUUUGUGGGGAAAGGUUAAUAUAAAUUGCUCUCCAUGGUUUCUGCCCUUUUAAAGAGCCUGAUCUCAUCUUACAUAUAUAAGAUUUACAAAGGAAUGUUUACAAAGAAAUUGGGAAAUAGUACAAAAAAGAAAGAGAGUUGUCAGAGCAAAAAGGAACAAGACUUAACCCAGGUCGGACAGACAAAGAAUCCAAAGUUUUCAAAUACUUUGAAAAGCACCGUUAAAAAGAUUGCAAAGUGUUCAUCUGCUCGCAACUUGUCAACUGAAGAAGAGGAAGGUAAUAAAGAAUUUUCACUUUCUCCAACAUUCAGUUACAGAGUUGCUAUUGCCAAUGGACUACAAAAGAGUAUUUUUGUAACAAACAAUAAUAAUGAGGAAUUAUUUCAAGAUAUCUCUUCAAAUGAUAGUUCAUAUUCUGAGUCAUUAAGUGAAGUAAAGGGUAGCAGCAGGAAAAAGGAGUAUUUAUCACAUACAAUGCCUGUGAGACGCAACAGAAAGAGUUUGAGCAGCCUUGCUCCAUCAGAUGGGAGCUCUGAUGGUGAACGUACUUUGCAUACCCUAAAGCUAGGAGCUUUACGAAAACUAAGGAAAUGGAAAAAGAGCCAAGAGUGUGUCUCAUCGGACUCAGAGCUGAGCACAUGGAAGAAAACAUGGGGCCUAAGAAGCAAGUCAUUAGACAGAACUGGUCGUCACCAGAAAUCCAAUGCCCUUGAACCAGGUUUUAGUUCAACUGGGUGUAUUAGUCAAACGCAUGAUGUUAUGGAAAUGAUCUUUAAAGAACUUCAGGGAAUCAGUCAAAUUGAAACAGAACUUUCUGAAUUAAGAGGACACGUAAAUGCUCUGAAACAAUCCAUUGAUGAAAUUUCUAGUAGCGUAGAAGUUGUACAAAGUGAAAUUGAACAGUUGCGAACUGGAUUUGUACAGUCCCGAAGGGAAACUCGAGACAUUCACGACUACAUUAAACAAAUAGGCCACCCAGGAAACAAAGCAAGUCUUAGGUUUUUAAAUGUGCCUGAAGACAGGUUUGAAAAUAUUGAAAAUGUGGUUUACAGAAUUUUAAUAGACAGAAUGGGGUUCUCAGAGGCACAAAACAUGAUUAAAAUUGAAUUGGCCCAUAGAUUAGGGCAACAAAGAGACUGUCCCAAUGCAAAGCCUAGACCCAUACUUGUAUACUUUGAAACAGCACAACAGAGAGAUUUAAUUUUAAAAAAAUCUUAUAAACUUAAAGGAACCGGCAUUGGAAUUUCUACAGAUAUCCUUUCCCAUGACAUGAGGGAGAGAAAAGAGAGAGGACUGCCUUCCUCUCAGACAUAUGAAAGUAUGGAUAUGAAACCAGAGCCCAAAACUAAAAAACAUGACUGGGUAUCACCUGAUGACAGUGAUAAAGAGCCGGAAUCGGAUAUAAAUAGGAAUAGUUAUGCAAAGAUAUCAAAAUCAGCAUUUCAGAUAAAAGCGAGCACUACAAAGGGAAGUGUGGAGUCUCCAAAUACCAGAAUCCCUAGUAGGACUGUUGGUGGCAGCACCUUUCCAAAUAAAACAAAUUAUGGUGAACAGUCACCAGAAUUUGACAAUGUGGAUCAGCAAUCAAAGACCUACUAUUCAGAUAUGCCACCUGUAUGGCAUUCACAGAAUGAUUUUACAACUCCCAAACUUAGCCGUUCGGAGUCAGAUUUUUCAAAAUUGUGUCAGUCUUACUCUGAGGAUUUUUCUGAGAAUCAGUAUUUUAGUAGAACGAAUGGCAGCUCACUAUUGUCUUCCUCAGAUCGAGAGCUUUGGCAGAGAAGGCAAGAUGAAACGUGCAACUGGUAUGGUAGCUCUCAAGAUCAGACUUUUAACCAAGAUAUGCAGCUUUAUCCAGAGCAAAAUGAAGCUGAAAACACUGAAACAGUUGACAGUGGUGUAAGCAAUGGAGUAAUGUGUGUAUCUGGAGACAGAAGCCAUUAUAGUGAUUCUCAAUUCACCUUACAUGAUGAUCUUUCACCAUGGAAAGACUGGAAUCAGUUGGAUCAAGGCACAGACUUGGGCCUAGAUUCAUCCACACAAGAAGCUUUUGCUUAUGAUAUGAGCAGCCCUUCAGACCAACAGAUAGAUUUUGGAAAGUGCCAAAGUUCUGACCUCCAGGAUGAUGCUGAAAGCUAUGACUUUACCCUUGGUGGUAAUUCCCCAUCAUGUCCCGGCCUUGACAGUGAAACACAAAGUCAGUGGAUCAGCCAAUAUGAUGAUUAUCAGGAAACAAAUUCUAAUUCCCUUUAUCAAAAUCAAAACAGAUUGCCCAUGAUGUAUAGAAGUCAAAGUGAACUACCAAGUGAUGAAUCGGAGGAAGCACCUCCUAAAUCAUGGCAUAGUCGACUAAGUAUAGACCUUUCUGACAAGACAUUCAGCUUUCCUAAAUUUGGAUCUACACUUCAGCGUGCUAAAUCAGCCCUGGAAGUGGUCUGGAACAAAAGCACACAAAGUUUAAGUGGAUAUGAUGAUAGUGGGUCAUCUUUUAUGGGGAGAUUUAGGACUUUAUCCCAGUCUACUGCUAAUGAAUCAAGCACAACCCUUGAUUCUGAUGUUUAUACAGAGCCUUGUUAUUACAAAGCUGAGGAUGAGGAAGAUUUAAGUGAGCCAGGUGGUGAGAAUGAAACAGAUUACGUAGAAGUAAUGGAACAAGUUCUUGCUAAACUAGAAAAUAGAACUAACACCAAUGAAACUGAUCAACAGGUACAGGAGUAUGAACUUGAACAGUUUUCAUAUGAAACGCCAUACGCAACACUACAAGAAGAUGAAUAUGACCAGCAGUUUGACAAACUGACCAUCGAAGAUGGGUUGGAACCUGCAGAAGAUAUAGCUGCUGAAACAGAAGUCAGGGGAGAUGAAAAUCAAAAUAUCCCAGUGAUGCCUAUUGAAAUUACAAAGAAAAAGAGACUACGCCCAUCAUUUAAAGACGCUGCUUUAAAAGCCUACAAGAAGCAAAUGAGUGAGUUGGAAGAGAAGAUCCUUGCUGGAGAUAGCAGUUCUGUGGAUGAAAAGGCUCGAAUAGUAAGUGGAAGUUCUUUGGAUGCUUCCAAGUUUUAUGCAAUCCAGGCAUUUGGUGGGCCUGGCCGUGGACUGUAUGGAAUUGACAGCAUGCCAGACCUGCGUAGAAAGAAAAGUUUUCCCAUCGUUCGAGAUGUGACACUUGCUGCCCGAAAGUCUGGUAUAUCCCUGGCCAUGGUUAUCCGGACUUCCAUAAACAAUGAAGAAAUGAAAAUGCAUGUUUUCAGAAAGACAUUGCAGGCUUUAAUCUAUCCAAUGUCAUCAACCACUCCUCAUAACUUCGAAGUGUGGACAGCUACAACUCCCACAUACUGUUACGAAUGUGAAGGUCUCCUUUGGGGCAUAGCCAGGCAAGGCAUGAGAUGCACUGAAUGUGGUGUCAAAUGUCAUGAGAAGUGCCAAGACCUCCUAAAUGCUGACUGUUUGCAGAGAGCUGUAGAGAAGAGUUCUAAACAUGGUGCAGAAGAUAAGACCCAGAAUAUUAUUACUGCUAUGAAGGAAAGAAUGAAGAUUAGGGAGAGAAAUAGACCAGAGGUAUUUGAAGUGAUCCAGGAAAUGUUCCAGAUUUCCAAAGAAGAUUUUGUGCAAUACACAAAGGCAGCAAAACAGAGUGUGUUGGAUGGGACAUCCAAGUGGUCAGCAAAAAUAACCAUCAGAGUGGUUUGUGCUCAGGGUUUACAAGCUAAGGAUAAAACAGGCUCAAGUGAUCCAUACGUUACAGUACAAGUUGGCAAAACCAAACGGAGAACUAAAACUAUCUUUGGAAACUUGAAUCCAGUAUGGGAUGAAAAAUUUUAUUUUGAAUGCCAUAACUCCACAGACAGAAUAAAAGUAAGAGUCUGGGAUGAAGAUGAUGAUAUUAAAUCUAGAGUAAAGCAACAUUUCAAAAAGGAAUCCGAUGACUUUCUGGGACAAACAAUAAUUGAAGUGAGAACACUAAGCGGAGAAAUGGAUGUAUGGUACAACUUAGAAAAACGAACAGAUAAAUCAGCUGUCUCUGGUGCCAUUAGGUUGAAAAUCAACGUUGAAAUAAAAGGAGAGGAGAAAGUUGCUCCAUACCAUGUGCAAUACACAUAUUUACAUGAGAACCUGUUCCAUUACUUGACUGAAGUUAAAUCUAAUGGUGUUGUAAAAAUCCCUGAAGUGAAAGGAGAUGAAGCCUGGAAGGUGUACUUUGAUGCUGCUGCACAAGAAAUUGUAGAUGAAUUUGCAAUGCGUUAUGGAAUUGAAUAUAUUUAUCAAGCUAUGACACACUUUUCAUGUCUGUCUUCUAAAUACAUGUGUUCUGGAGUUCCAGCGGUGAUGAGUACCUUGUUGGCCAACAUAAAUGCUUUUUAUGCUCACACUACAGCUACAACUCAUGUGUCUGCCUCCGAUCGUUUUGCUGCUACCAACUUUGGUAGGGAAAAGUUCAUAAAACUGCUGGAUCAAUUGCACAAUUCACUGAGGAUUGACCUAUCUAAAUACAGGGAUAACUUUCCUGCCAGCAAUUCUGAAAGGCUUCAAGACCUGAAAUCAACAGUAGACCUGCUAACCAGCAUUACUUUUUUUCGAAUGAAGGUCCUGGAAUUGCAGAGUCCACCUCGAGCCAGUAUGGUGGUUAAAGAUUGUGUCAGAGCUUGCUUAGACUCUACCUACAAGUAUAUUUUUGACAACUGCUAUGAACUCUAUUCCCAGCUAAUGGAUCAGGGUAAGAAGCAGGAAGUUCCUCGGGAAGAACAGGGACCAACCACUAAGAAUUUGGAUUUUUGGGCCCAGCUCAUUACUCUGAUGGUUACCAUCAUUGAUGAGGAUAAAACUGCAUACACGCCUGUCUUGAACCAGUUCCCUCAAGAGCUGAACAUGGGAAAAGUCAGUGCUGAAAUCAUGUGGACUCUGUUUGCCCAGGAUAUGAAGUAUGCUCUGGAAGAACAUGAAAAGCAGCGGUUAUGCAAGAGCACAGAUUAUAUGAAUUUGCACUUCAAAGUGAAAUGGUUUUAUAAUGAGUAUGUGCGAGAACUCCCUGCCUUCCAGGAAGCAGUGCCCGAGUAUUCUCUAUGGUUUGAGCCUUUUGUCAUUCAAUGGUUGGAUGAAAAUGAAGAUGUCUCAAUGGAGUUUCUUCAUGGAGCACUGGAAAGAGACAAAAAAGAUGGAUUCCAGCGAACAUCAGAUCAUGCCCUUUUCUCUUGUUCUGUGGUAGAUGUCUUCACACAACUCAAUCAAAGCUUCGAGAUUAUCAGGAAACUGGAGUGUCCUAAUCCUGAAGCACUGUCUCAUUUAAUGAGAAGAUUUGCGAAGACUAUCAACAAAGUGCUUCUUCAGUAUGCUGCAAUUAUUUCAAAUGACUUCAGUUCAUACUGUGAUAAAGAAAUUUUGCCCUGUAUCUUGAUGAACAAUAUCCAGCAGUUGCGAGUCCAGCUUGAGAAAAUGUUUGAGUCUAUGGGAGGAAAAGAGCUGGAUCCUGACGCUAGUGCUGUUCUCAAAGAACUUCAGGUGAAACUCAGUAGCGUACUGGAUGAGCUCAGCAUCGCCUAUGGUGCAAGUUUCCAGCUUGUUAUUGAGGAGUGUGUGAGACAGAUGAGCUUUGAGCUAAAUCAGAUGAGAGGAAAUGGAAACGUAUCAGCCAAUAAGAACAAUGCUGCUAUCGAUGCUGAGAUUGUGCUGCGACCUCUCAUGGAUUUUCUGGACAAAAUUUUAAGUCUCUCUGCAAAAUUCUGUGAGAAGACAGUUCUGAAACGGGUUUUGAAAGAGCUGUGGAAAUCAGUCCUGAACAAAAUAGAAAAACAGAUCGUGCUUCCACCAUUGACAGACCAAACCGGGCCCCAGAUGAUAUUUAGUGCCGCUAAAGAUCUUGGACAAUUGUCGAAGCUGAAGGACCACGUCACUCGAGAGGAAGCUAGAAGUUUGACAUUGAGGCAAUGUGCAACAAUGGAGGUAGCACUAGCUACAAUUAAGCAAUACUUUCAUGCUGGAGGAAAUGGGCUGAAAAAGAAUUUCUUGGAGAAGAGCCCAGAUCUACAGUCUCUGAGAUAUGCUCUUAGCCUUUAUACACAAACUACUGAUGCCUUGAUAAAGAAAUUUAUAGCGACUCAGACUUCUCAAAGUCAUUCUACCAAUAAUGCAGUAGGUGAGAUCUCUGUGCAGGUGGAUGUCUUUACACAUCCUGGAACUGGAGAACAUAGAGUCACUGUAAAAGUUGUAGCAAUUAAUAACCUAAACUGGCAAACAACAGCUAUGUUCCGGCCAUUUGUGGAAGUCUGUAUAUUGGGUCCUAACCUGAGUGACAAGAGGAGAAAACAUGGCACCAAGACAAAGAGCAACACCUGGUCACCAAAAUACAAUGAAACAUUCCAAUUCAUUCUGAGUAACGAAGAAGGGCUGAGAGCCUAUGAGCUUCACCUCUCUGUGAAAGAUUACUGCUUUGCCAGGGAAGAUCGCAUUGUAGGAAUGACAGUUAUCCAGCUACAGAAUACUGCAGAGAAAGGUAGCUGCGCAUCCUGGUAUCCUCUGCUGAAAAAUAUCUUUAUGGAUGACACUGGGUUGACAAUCCUUAGAAUACUUUCUCAGAGGACCAAUGAUGAAGUUGCUAAAGAAUUUGUGAGACUUAAAUCAGAAACAAGAUCUGUUGAAGAAACUGCCUGAAUCACAAAUAAUGCAAAGGUGUCACCGUCAAGAACAUCAAUACAAUGUUAUUGUCUGAAUAGUGCAUGCAUGUGCAAAUCAGUGGGAAUGUUUAAUUAACUCUGUUUCAGUGUUUGCCAGUACUUAAGUACUAUAUUUGCAAGGUAUGUUGAGGCGCUGUACACCUUUUAUACAUAUUUUGGUCUUUGGAAAAGUAAUUGUUACAAUGAAGUGCCAAAAUCAAGAUUAAGAGUAAAUUAUUAAUGUUAUAUUUUAAAAAGUUGAGUUCAUCUCAUUGCAACUCCUUCACAUUUAUUAAUGAAUGGUUAUUCUUUUGAGUUGAUUAAUUAGUUGUCUCUGUUAAAUUACUGUGAGUUGCUUCUACAUGUCUGAAUUGAGUUACUUCCCUUAUCAUUAUAAAGAAUUUUGUCCAAUUUCAUAAUCAUUUUAUGCUAACCUCAUUUUAGGUAUCUUACCAAUAACUUUUUCUAUCAUAACUAUAGAUGCAGUUACUUCUAGAAAGUGUUUGUAAUUUUAUAAUUACUGAUAUAAAGUAAUGAUUUUUGCAUACAAACUGAAAAGGGUGGAAAUAUUUUAUGCUGACCUUUUUCCAACCUUUCAUAAAUAUCACUGUGAAGAAAUACUGUUAACGCAAGUUCUCAAGAAGCUACUCUUAUCAGAGUUUGUUACUGAUGUUAGAUAUCUUGAGAUAACUUUGUUCUUCAAAACUGCCAAGGCUACAUCAUAUUUGUAUAAAAAGGUAAGUUGAUAUCUGUAGAAAAAGACAGCAGAGUAUACAUGCUUUACAAAAAUUUCAUUUUUUUAAAUGAUACAGUACUGUAUAAGAGUUAAUCGUUGGGAAGAUGUAAAGCUGCUGUGUGGUUUGUUUCUAGAAGUCAUUUAUGAAAAGUAAUGAUGCUGUUAGCGUUUUCACUCUGAAAGUUAUAAAUGUUGCUUUACAUACUUAGCUGUAAUAUCAGUUAAGUGCUUUAUUUCUUUUGUUUUAGAAAAGUUCAACAGUUUGUACUUAUGCAACAUUACUAUGUAUUGCACUGAAGCAAAAUCCAUGUCCUGUAAAUAUUUAGUGAGAAAUUGUAAAAUAAAGUAUGAAAGAAACUGCUUCUA